AUGGCACCUGGGAAGCCUGGGAAGAGCAUGGGGGCUUCGGAGGACCCCUCGGUUACACUUUUCAGGGAGUACCUGAAGAUUGACACUGUCCACCCCAAACCUGACUAUGAUGCGGCCGUACAGUUUCUGGAGCGCGUUGGCACCGACCUGGGCUUGGCCUGCCAGAAAGUGGAGGUGUGCCAGGGCCGUGUGGUGCUGAUCCUGACCUGGCAGGGCACGAACCCCCGCCUGCGCUCCAUCCUCCUCAACUCCCACACUGAUGUUGUGCCCGUCUUUGAGGAGCAUUGGACCUACCCACCCUUCGAGGCCGUUAAGGACUCGCAGGGCAACAUCUAUGCCCGGGGUGCCCAGGACAUGAAGUGCGUCUCCAUCCAGUACCUGGAGGCCAUCCGGAGGCUGAAGGCAGAGGGAAAGUGUUUUGCCCGCACCAUCCACCUCACCUUUGUGCCUGACGAGGAGGUGGGCGGACACAAGGGCAUGGAGAUGUUCGUGCAGCGCCCCGAGUUCAGAGCGCUCAACGUGGGCUUCGCCCUGGAUGAGGGCCUGGCCAGCCCGUCUGACACUUUCAGCGUCUUCUACGGCGAGAAAAGCCCAUGGUGGAUAAAGGUGAAGUGCAUGGGUAGCCCUGGGCAUGGGUCCCGCUUCAUCAGCAACACGGCGGCUGAGAAGAUGCACAAAGUCAUCGACUCCUUCCUGGCCUUCAGGGAGAGUGAGAAGCAGAGGCUCAAGUCCGACUCAAGCCUGACCCUAGGGGACGUCACCUCGCUCAACCUGACCAUGCUGGAGGGGGGUGUCUCCUUCAAUGUGGUGCCCUCCGAGAUGGCGGCCGGCUUCGACCUCCGGUCUGUGCCGCAGGCCUUCGAGGAGCAGGUGGCUGUGUGGUGCCGUGGUGCUGGGGAUGGCGUCACAUAUGAGUUUCACCAGAAAUGCAUGGACCAACACAUCACCUCCACCGAGGAGUCGGACCCAUGGUGGAAAGCCUUCAGCGGGGUCUGCAGGGACAUGAAGCUGCAGCUCAAGCUCGAGAUCUUCCCAGCUGCCACCGACAGCCGCUACAUCCGAGCGGCAGGACACCCCGCUAUCGGCUUCUCGCCCAUGAACCGCACCCCAGUGCUGCUCCACGACCACAACGAGUUCCUCAAUGAGCAAAUCUUCCUGCGGGGCAUUGACAUCUACGCCCGCCUCCUGCCCGCCCUGGCAUCGGUGCCCCCACUGCCCGGUGAGGGCUGA